AGCGCUACAGACUGAAAAUUUGAGUCAGUUGACUUUGGUCCCUUGUCACGUUGGGGGGCGUUAUUUCGUUCGUCCGUUUUGAGCGGUUUUUUUUUUUGAACGCCAGCAAAAAAUUGCUGAAAAAAAUAAUCGUUUAAGUUUUCAAUCAGUGGACGUGAAUCGCGUCGAGUGUGUUCUUCUAAAUCCCGAAUAUAAAUCGCCUCAAGAUGCCCGUAUUUCACACUAAAACAAUCGAAAGCAUUUUGGAACCUGUCGCACAGCAGGUGUCGAGGCUGGUCAUUUUGCACGAAGAAGCUGAAGAUGGAAAUGCCAUGCCAGAUUUGGAGAGGCCUGUCCAGGCAGUUAGCAGGGCCGUCACCAACCUUGUCAAAGUUGGGCGUGAGACCAUCAAUUCAUCUGACGAUGCUUUACUCAAACAAGACAUGCCAGGUGCCUUAUACCGGGUCGAAGGGGCUUCCAGACUUCUCGAAGAAGCAUCUGCCAUGCUUAAACAAGAUCCGUACUCUGGGCCCGCUAGGAAAAAGUUGAUAGAGGGAUCACGAGGGAUCCUCCAAGGAACAAGUUCGCUCCUUCUUUGCUUCGACGAGAGCGAGGUUCGAAAAAUUAUCCGAGAGUGUAAACGAGUUCUGGAUUACUUGGCAGUUGCUGAAGUGAUCGAGACCAUGGAAGAUCUGGUACAUUUUUUGAAGAAUCUUAGUCCCUGUCUGAGUAAAGUUUCACGAGAAGUAAGUGCGCGUGAAAAAGAACUGACACAUCAGGUUCAUCGUGAAAUAUUAGUGCGCUGCCUGGAUCAGGUAAAAACUUUGGCACCAAUAUUAAUUUGCUCGAUGAAAAUCUUCAUCCACAUAAUAGCACAAGGGGGUAAAGGUGCGGAAGAAGCUGCGGAAAAUCGAAAUUAUCUCUCCAGCCGUAUGUCUGACGAGCUAAAUGAGAUCAUAAGAGUUCUUCAGCUCACAACUUAUGACGAGGAAGAAUGGGAUGCCGACCAAUUAACGGUCCUCAAAAAAGCGCAAAGUGCAAUCGAAUCGCGAUUGAGGGCUGCGCAAGAUUGGCUCGACGAUGGAGGUGCUCUGAGAGGUGGUGUCGGAGAAAAAAGCCUCAGACAAAUUGUGGAACAGGCUGAACGUUUGGCCGAAAGAUGUCUGGCUCCUUCGCAAGCAGAACCAAUUACAAAAUUGGCCUCACAAAUUACCACGAUGACUGAUGCCCUCUGCGAACUUAGACAGGAUGGAAAAGGAAAUACUCCACAAGCCGAAUCGCUCGCUCGUGCCAUAAAAGACAAAUUGAAUGAUCUACGCUCAACAGUUUAUUCUACAAUUGUAGCUGUAGAUAAAUCUGGAAUCGCGCAAACAGCACAUACUGUAGCAGGACGACUGGAACAGGCAAACAAAUGGCUCCUCAACCCUCAAAAUGAUGACAAGGGCCUUGGCCAAAGAGCGAUCGCUCUGAUCGUCCACGAGGGCAAACAGAAUCAACAUCUUGCUAACGUUGCCGAGGGAUUACCUGGGAUCCACAAAGCAGAGAUAUUGAACCUAUGCGACGAAGUAGACAACUUAUCGCGACAGCUUGGUGAUCUCUGUGCCUGUGGUCAGGGAAACACACCAAGAGCUCAAGAAACUGCUCGUCAAUUGUCACAGAAAUUGUACGAACUGAAGAACCGAAUUCAGCAGGCUGUAGUUUCCAGAGUCGUUGAGGAUUUUAUUGAUAUUUCAACACCUUUAAAACAAUUCACGGACGCAGUCUUAUCCCCAGAAGGGACGCCUGGAAGGGAACAAAAUUUCAAUGACAAAGCUCAUGCUCUCCAAAAUUUCUCAAACAGAGCUGCUAAGACUGCAAGAAUGGUCGCUGCUGGAGGAAGUAGCGGAAAUAAAAAAUUGGCCGAGGCACUUGCGGUGAGCGCGUCACAGGUGGAAUCGUUGACACCCCAACUGGUUAAUGCUGGUCGUAUUAGGAUGACGUACCCGGAGAGUAAAGCUGCCGAUGAACACUUUGAAAAUCUACGGCAGCAGUACGCCGAGACCAUUCAAAGAGCAAGAGCCCUGUGCGACGAGGCUACAGACAGCGGGGAUUUCAUCAGAACCUCAGAAGAGCAAAUGCAAAAGCACUCGUUCCUCUGCGAUGAUGCCAUAAACAAAAAUCAUCCUCAAAAGAUGGUGGACAAUACAGCGUCCAUUGCAAGGCUCGCUAACCGUGUCAUCCUCGUCGCUAAACAGGAAAGUGACAACAGCGAAGAUCCUGCUUUCAUUCAACGUGUCAAUCUUGCUGCCGAUGGACUCCAAAAUAGUGUUGCUCCCAUGGUUCAAGAUGCAAAAGCAGUUGCUAUGAAUACCAAAGAUGGACCGGCCGUAUCUCGCUGGAGGGAAAGUAAUCGCGCCCUCUUGUCCAAUGUUGGCAAAGUUCGAAAGGCUAUUACAGUUAAUCCAGAUCUUCCCCCACCUCCUGAUAUGUCUCAGCUUCGAAUCAACAGUGAGGAACAAAUGCCAGGUCAACAAUACAGUUACUUCACAGAUAAAGUCGGGCAGCCGUUGCGAAAUCAGCCAUCACCGAGCAGUUUGCGUGUCACAAGUCCAACUUUGACUGUCAAUAAAACGCAAGGGCGUUCUAUCAGUCCUUUACCAAAAUGGGCUCGUGGAGGAGAUAACCCUGAUCUUCUCUACCAAGAGCUGGCUUCUGAGGAUGAAUUAGAACAAGCAAUUCGAGUCAGAGGAUUGCAAGAUUACUGUCAAUAUGACAGCGAAAUGGCACCGCCUCGCCCACCUUUACCUGGAGGUGAAUUGGCUCCACCAAGACCUCCGCCACCAGAAACCGACGACGAGGAUGAAAUGUUUAUGCAUGCACCGCAGCCCAACCAGCCAAUAAUGAUGGCAGCGCACGGCCUCCAUCAAGAAGUGCGUCAGUGGUCGAGCAAGGAUAACGAUAUCAUAGCUGCAGCGAAGAAGAUGGCCAUUUUGAUGGGAAGAUUGUCCGGACUUGUUAGAGGCGAAGGUGGAAAUAAGAGGGAUUUGAUCGCCUGUGCUAAAGCAAUUGCGGAAGCUUCUCAAGAAGUAACACGUCUCGCCAAAGAACUAGCCAGGGAGUGCACGGAUAAACGUAUUCGCACGAACCUGCUUCAAGUCUGCGAACGUAUACCGACCAUAGGUACACAGCUCAAGAUUCUGUCCACGGUGAAGGCUACUAUGCUCGGAGCACAAGAAAUGCUUCCCAGCUGGGAGGAAUUAUUACUAAAUGACGAAUUGAUUGGUCGCAGUACGGAGGAAGAUCAAGAAGCCACGGAUAUGCUCGUUGGAAAUGCGCAAAAUCUCAUGCAAAGCGUUAAAGAAACCGUUCGUGCCGCUGAAUGCGCGAGCAUUAAAAUACGCACCGCAUCUGGCAUGAAACUUCGCUGGGUUCGUCGUCAACCUUGGUACCAGUAUUGAAUAAUUGGUAAAAAUCCGCCCCUUUAUUAUACCAAAUGAGUGUUUGGUUUUCUUUUGGAGAUAUUUAAGCAAUGUAAAGAAACAUAAGAAUGAUACAAUUAGCCCACUGCCUUACGAAUUGCAAAUCUAUAAAAAAUGGGCGUUAACAAAUACCUAUAAGUAAAAUUUAUGAUUAUCAAUAAGGUAUUGGCACUGCGUCGAUACUGAAUUACUAAAUUAUUAUGCUUACUAAAUUAUUGAUCGGUAAUAUACGCCUCAUUAGACAAUGCUUUUUAAAACGAAAUUUAGGUGAAUAUAGAACAGGGUAAUAUAAUAACAUAAAAUGUGAAUGGUGUGAAUUCGGAAACUCCUGAUGAUCAUUGUUAGUGUUAGCAAAUCAUGUCCUCCGUAAAGAACAAUUCUCAUUCACGGCAUAAUAACAAAAAUGAACAACAAAUUACUAGUGAUCGUGCCAUUACUUAUUCAAGCAUAUACAUACCUAUAGAUUAUGUAAAAUACGAUAUAUUUAUUAAUGCUAUUGUAGUAGAAUAUUUUUCCACACAAGAAAUGAGCACACUUAUUCAAUGAAAUUUUUUGUGACUCGAAAGUUUCCGAUGAAACUAUCAUACCUAAGCUGGGUACGUAGCUAGUAGAAAGAAAGAAAGAACAUACAUGUAUGCAAUAAUUGUAGAAUAUAUUUUUUAUAAAAUCUCGUGCAAUAUUUGAGAUCCUCUUUGAAAAACGUAUAUCAUUAUCAUUACGAUGAUCAUUUUUUUUCGCUCAUCUCUUAAUUUUUAACCAUGCAAUGCAAUUUAUUGUGAAUAAUAAAGUGACUCCACAAAAUUUUA